AUGGGAACGCACGAGAACAAGCAGAGAAAGUCUUUGUUAAGCCGCCUCAGAAGGGCGGUGCAGAAGGUGAGGCUCUUAUUAAGCUCCACGAUCAGCCACACGUGGCAUGCUGCAAAAAUUCUCCGCCGCGCUUCUCUGAGCAAACGCUACCUUAGUUUCAAUGAUCGACCCGGCUUGAUGAUAUGUUCAGAGGAAACGGAUUCGGAGGGUUCGGUUUCUUCUCUUCAGAGAACAAAGAGUUAUCCUUCAGAUGAUGAUAUUGAUAGAAGAGCUGAGAUGUUCAUAACUAAUUUCAGACGGCAGCUUCAGAUGGAGAGGCAAAUCUCGCUGCAGCUACGUUAUGGCAAGGAACAUAGUUCUGAAUUGGUAUCUCCAUGA